GCGACAGACCGUGUUCCGCGCCGCAGAACAACAUCUUAAGAUCAGUGUAGCUCUAACGUGCGUGUGAGUCAAAUAUAAUCAAAUUUAUUACAGAUAUCAAACGCACACACAUUAACAGCGCGGCGUGUGUGCUGACAGAGUUGCUCUGCUAAAUAGAUGUCAACUGGGUGAGUGGCCAUGCACAACUCAAUAGUUUUGUGUCUGUCCACUUGUUAGUCAACAGCAAGUGCCCUUGUUAUGCAACAUGCUGUGGCGGAGUUCCUGGAAGUGUCCUGCCAGCGGGCCUUCCUGAAGCCCACCCAUGCCCGUCAUCCCCAUCCCUCGGAGGGUCCGCUCCUUCCACGGCCCUCACACCACCUGCAUGCACUCGGCCUGCAGCCCAGCGUGCACCACUCAGCUCGUACGCACCAAGUACAACAACUUUGACCUAUACCUGAAGUCCCGAUGGAUGUAUAGUUUCGUCCGCUUCCUUCUCUACUUCGGCUGCAGCCUAUUGACCUCGCUCCUCUGGGUGGCGCUGUCCGCUCUCUUCUGCGUGCAGUACGUCAGCGUGCGUGUUUUCCUUCGCCUUCAGUACAAGCUGUCCGUCAUUCUCCUGCUGCUGGGUCACAGACGACUGGACUUUGGCGUCAUCAAUGAUCUCUUCAUAUACAGCAUGCACGUGACCAUGUUUCUGAUCGGAGGGCUGGGUUGGUGUUUCAUGGUCUUUGUAGAUAUGUAAAGUUCUGACUGGUUAAAUCACACAUGAAAAGAUGUAUGCCUCUUGAUUUGCUGUAUGAGCAUGAUGGGCACAUGUGUUGUGACAAUGAACUUUUAUGAACUUCUGCUAGUCUUACCCACUGAAGUAGACUGUUUCUAUUGCUUUAGCUACAAAUCCUAAUCCCCGAUCUUCAAAAUGUUAGCAAAAACAAACUAUUAAAAAGCAGAGGCAUACUACCAUGCUAUUCUUACUAUUUGUAUAUAGAUUGUAUGUUAUACUUUGUAUGAAUUAAACGUGUUAUGUGUUGUAUUAACACUCUUCAAAGGGUAGUAUGAGUUACUUUUGUUUAUUAUGUCAGUACACUGUUUCAUGCAUUUUAGUAUCUGCAUGUGUUCUACAUUAAACCCUCAUGUUUGGAUUUCAGAAGGUCUUUUAUUGCGCUUUCUCUUCCUUCUGUACAUAUACUUCGACAGCCUUCACUAAUGGUCACUUUCAGCUUACUUGCGGCAAUCAGAUGAGAUUAUUUGUGUGGUGCCAAUCAGAGCAUGUUACAUUAGUGUGGUGGUUUUGGUGCCAGGCUGGCAUUAAACUCAAGUGAGUUAGCACAAUCUGCUGUUGUUU